AUGGGCACCUGUGGAAGCAAGGCAGCCGCCGCGGAGCCGGGCGCGGCCUCGGUGAAGAGCCAGACCGCUGCCGCCGCGAGCAAGGCUGAGGCGGCCGUGGAGCAGGCCCUGAAAGUUCCCGAGAUCGAGGGCUCGCUGCCGGCGGACACCAAGGUUGUGUUUGUGCUGGGUGGGCCCGGUGCUGGGAAGGGCACGCAAUGCGAGAAGAUCGUGGAGAAGUACGGCUUCAAGCACCUGUCCGCGGGCGACCUGCUGCGCGAGGAGGGGGCCAGCGGCAGCGACGUCGGGCAGAAGCUGCAGGUGACGAUGAAGGAGGGCAAGCUGGUGCCGAUGGAGGUGACGAUCACGCUGCUGAAGAACGCGAUGAUCAAGUCGGGGCAGAAGCUCUUCCUGAUCGACGGCUUCCCGCGCGCGCUGGACCAGGCGGCGGCGUUUGAGUCGGACAUUGUCAAGUGCGAGGCGGUGCUGUUCUUCGACCUGGACGAGGCGACGAUGGAGGAGCGGCUGAUCAACCGCGGCAAGACGUCGGGGCGCGCGGACGACAACGUCGAGACCAUCCGGAAGCGCUUCCACACCUUCGUCACGCAGAGCAAGCCGGUGGUGGACAAGUACAAGGAGGAGGGCAAGGUGUUUGAGAUCUCGUCGAAGCCGCCCCCGGACGAGGUGUUUGAGGAGGUCGUCAAGGCGCUCGACAGCCUGCCGGGACUCGGGGCGGCCCCCGCCGAGGAGGAGAAGCUGGUGGUGCCUGCUGUGCCAGGGGACCUGCCUGAGGGCACCAAGGUUGUGUUUGUGCUUGGUGGGCCCGGUGCUGGGAAGGGCACGCAAUGCGAGAAGAUCGUGGAGAAGUACGGCUUCAAGCACCUGUCCGCGGGCGACCUGCUGCGCGAGGAGGUGGCCAGCGGCAGCGACGUCGGGCAGAAGCUGCAGGUGACGAUGAAGGAGGGCAAGCUGGUGCCGAUGGAGGUGACGAUCACGCUGCUGAAGAACGCGAUGAUCAAGUCGGGGCAGAAGCUCUUCCUGAUCGACGGCUUCCCGCGCGCGCUGGCCCAGGCGGCGGCGUUUGAGUCGGACAUUGUCAAGUGCGAGGCGGUGCUGUUCUUCGACCUGGACGAGGCGACGAUGGAGGAGCGGCUGAUCAACCGCGGCAAGACGUCGGGGCGCGCGGACGACAACGUCGAGACCAUCCGGAAGCGCUUCCACACCUUCGUCACGCAGAGCAAGCCGGUGGUGGACAAGUACAAGGAGGAGGGCAAGGUGUUUGAGAUCUCGUCGAAGCCGCCCCCGGACGAGGUGUUUGAGGAGGUCGUCAAGGCGCUCGACAGCCUGGAGGGGCUGGUGGCUGAAUGA